AUGCAGUUCUCUUUCCUCCUCGCAGCCCUGGCCAUCAGUGCAUCCGCAGCCCCUACUCCUCAGCUUAACGCUCAGGUUCUCAACGACUUGGUUGACGUUAACUCUGACAAUCUCGCUGGCCUCUCUGCACUUCUUCGGGGGCUUGGUGUCACUCUCGGCACUGACGACGCCCCUCUUAAGGUCCUUACACCUAUUGGCCCUGGCGUGUCUGGCCCAAGCCUGCCUGGUACGAAGACAAAGAGACAACUAAAUGCUCAGGUUCUCAACGAUUUGGUUGACGUUAACUCUGACAAUCUCGCUGGCCUCUCUGCACUUCUUCGGGGGCUUGGCGUCACUCUCGGCACUGAUGACGCCCCUCUCAAGGUCCUUACUCCUCUCGGUCCUGGUGCUCCUAGCCUGCCUGGUACGAAGAGAGAGGCCGAGGCUGAGGAGAAGAAUGCUUGA